UCCGGUCUUUCCUAGCUUCAUCUCUUCCCAUUACUUCCUUUCGGACCCAACCUUUAUAAUUGUAAUCCUUCCCACCAGUCGACUUGCGCGAGCUUUCGAGCCCUCUUCUGCGACCCAACAUGUCGGCCAACCCAGCAGCUCCGGUCGGGCCGGGUCCCUUUCCCGUCACACUUCCGCCAGCAGGCUCCAGCUCCCUGUGGGACCGCAUAUCAUCAUGGGCAUCCGAGCACAAGGGCGUUGUUUACACAGUCGCGGGUCUCACGCUCGUGGUCAGCGCUGGAGGUGUGAUCUACUAUCUAUCAGAAGACAGGAAGGAUGCAGGCGCACAGUCGCCGUCAUCAAACAAGAAGAAGACCAAGCGCGAGAAGAGACGGGCCAAGGAACGCGCCGAGAAGGAGGCUGCAAAGGAGCAGGAAACCGCACCUGAACCGAAGAAGGCGACCGUCGCGCCUGCCGUUGAAGACGAGCUGCCGCAUGUGGACGAGAGCACCGUUGGGUCGCUUUCGGACGAGGAGCGGAAAGAUUACGCGGCCAAGCUCAAGGCCGCCGGAAACAAGGCGUACGGCUCCAAGGACUACAACCGGGCCAUAGACCUGUACGGACAAGCGCUUCUGUGCAAGCAGGAUCCCGUCUUCUACUCGAACCGUGCCGCGUGCUGGAAUGCCAUGAGCAACUGGGACAAGGUCAUCGAGGACACCACCGCAGCCAUCAACCUUGACAACGAAUACGUCAAGGCGCUCAACCGCCGUGCAAACGCAUACGAGCAGGUGGAUCGCAACAGUGAGGCGCUUUUGGAUUUCACUGCUAGCUGUAUCAUCGAUGGCUUCAGGAACGAGAGCAGUGCCCAGAGCGUCGAGCGUCUGCUCAAGAAGGUUGCUGAGGCGAAGGGCAAGGCCAUCCUUGCGCAAAAGGAGAAGAAGCUGCCGAGCCCGACAUUCGUCACAAACUAUCUCCAAAGCUUCCGACCUAAGCCCCCGCCGUCCGGCCUCGACGACGACGCAGAGCUCGACGAAGAGAGCGGCAAGGGCCAGCUCAGGAAAGGCCUUCGCGCCAUGAGCACCAAGACUGCUGAAGGGUACGCCGAAGCUGCCGAGUCAUUCGAGAAGGCGCUUGAGCUUGGAGAUCUCGGCGAGCACGAAUCUUUCGCGUAUAACAUGCGCGGCACUUUUAGAUACCUCCAGGGCGACAACGAGGAUGCGCUCCACGACAUGGACAAGAGUGUCGAGCUCCAGCAGUCGCUUACCCAGAGCUUCAUCAAGCGCGCCAGCAUGCACCUGGAACUCGCAAACCCAGCCGCUGCCGAAGCCGACUUCGAAGCUGCUCUUGCUCAGAACAAAGACGACCCCGACAUCUACUACCACCGCGCACAACUGCACUUCAUCAAGGCCGAGUUCGGUGAGGCUGCUAAGGACUACCAAAAGUCUAUCGACCUGGACAAGGAUUUCAUCUUCUCGCACAUCCAGUUGGGUGUCACGCAAUACAAAAUGGGCAGCAUCGCAUCCUCUAUGGCAACAUUCCGUCGCUGCAUGAAGAACUUCCCGCAGGUGCCGGACGUGUACAACUACUACGGCGAGCUUCUUCUCGACCAGCAAAAGUACCAGGAAGCUAUUGAGAAGUUCGACACGGCCGUGGAAAUGGAGCAGCAGAAUAAGCCCUUGUUCAUCAACGUCCUCCCGCUCAUCAACAAGGCGCUCGCGCUGUUCCAAUGGAAGAACGACUUUGGCGAGGCGGAGCAGCUCUGCCAGAAGGCACUUAUCAUCGACCCUGAGUGCGACAUUGCGGUCGCAACCAUGGCACAACUGCUUCUGCAGCAAGGAAAGGUCACAGAGGCGCUCAAGUAUUUCGAGCGGGCGGCGGAGCUGUCUCGGACAGAAGGCGAGAUAGUAAACGCCCUCAGCUAUGCGGAGGCCACACGAACACAGUUGGAGGUGCAAGAGAAGUACCCUAGACUUGCCUCGCGGCUAGGUCAGAUGGGCGCUGGACUGGGAGCUGGCAUGCGGUAAACCUGCUGACUAUUCAUCAUCAUGUAAUCCAUUUGCAUCUCGCUCAUGCGCUUUUAGCUGAGGGAGAGAGUUGGUCGAGAGUACCAUUGUGGUUCUUUGUACAAAACUUUGUCACGUUCUCCUGAUCCUGUCUACCAAAUGGCUGCAUUUAGACUGGGGGAUAUGACUUGAUCGCGUUGCGCUUGUCGAGAUUAUCUUGUCAUGUAUGAUUACGGUUUGGCUUUCGCGGGGUAUGUGUACAAAACGAAGGUGGCGGGAUGUAGAAGUCUUUAAUACGUGAAUGAAAAGACAUCUCAGCUUUUGCAGC